GGCUGGAGGUAAAUUCAGCGGCUUGCCUAGAAGUUGGCUGGGAAACUUGGAGUCUGUCUCCCUGUGUCAGGCAAGUUCUCUAACGCAGGAUGGAGACGAGCCGAGCUGACUAGCCGCAGGCAGGAGUGGGGCUCCAGAGCUUCCGGGGCCGUGAAUUUCCAGGUCUCCUAACUGAGGAGGAGGAAGGCCGCUGUGUUUCCCUUCCAGGAGUCCGAAUGCUGAAAAGACGGUGUUUUUUUUUUUUUUUCCUGUGGCUCUGUGUGUCACAAGGCCAACUGCGUUCUCCCUUCCUCACUGCUGGGUCGCAAGCGGCAACUGACGGGAUACUGAGAUGUGUCUCAAGCUUUUCUUAGCGCCGAAACAAGCGCGUUCAGUUGGGAUGAAGCUUCUGACACAGCUCCUUCGGAAUGGAUCGCUGGAGCCUGUGGGCGCCCAUCAAAGAAGCCCCCUCCUCUUCUUCCAGAAUAGGAAUUCCCCUUGACCCUGGCUGAGAAAGGCUGCGGAGAAUUAACAGGGAACACACCUGGAUUCACACUGGGCACAAGUUCAUAUGCAGAUUAAGAAAUUUUUUUUGAGCCACUGCAUUGCCACAAAGACGCUUGGCAUGGCUGCUCUGUUGAUUUGAGAAGAAAAAGAAGAAAAACCCAGGACAUUGGUGACAUGGGAGUGAAUAUUCCUUUUUUUUUGCCAUUUAAAAAUUACUGUUGCUUUCCAGAUCAGAAUUCAUCAGGAUUUGAUGAAGAUCUGAUUCUUAAAAAGGCUUCGUCACAUUUUAUCGCAUGGCUGUCAGACACUUCAGGGCUCACACAGAUGGGCUGAGCUUGAAAGAUGAAAAUGUAAUACAGAACCGUGGGUUUCAGAAAGUUGAUUUGAUUAUUUGAAGGCACUGGGUUACCUUUGACACAAACGCAGGGUGGGGAGGCAGGGAGGUGAAAACCAAAGGUUAGAAGGAAAUAUCUGGGAAGGUAGGAAAAGGAAAUUUGAGAAUUGAUUGGCUCUAGUGUGCUGUCAGUGGGUGGAGGUAGUUUUUUUCUCCCCCCUCCCUUUUUGCUACAGGAAGUGAUUUGCAGUGUUCCCCGAGCCUUUGUUGAGAAGGGUCUUCUCACUGAGUGAGUCAUGCUUCUGCUGUGAGACUUGGCAGCUCUGAGCAGCUGGGAUCGCUAUCAGAGGAAACUAUUACUUUUCCAAAUCAACCGUGGAACCAUGAGCAUUCUCCUUCUGGGUCGGGCCUGUGUCGUUGUUGUUUUUCAUGGUGGGAGGGCACAAUUUUCUUGCCCCUCUUCCCUUCUUCCAAAAAACUGUGCCGGGGGCACCCGCACCCCACUUUUUGUCCUUGCUCGGUAGAGUGUGGCUCGCCUGCUAUGCGAGGCGGUCUGCGCCGGGGCUGGCACCCGCACCGCCCGAGCGAAUGCAGGCGAACAGAUAGAAGGGCAUGCUGCAACGGACCAAGUAUAAUCGCUUCAGGAAUGAUUCGGUGACAUCAGUCGAUGAACUUAUCCACAACCUGUCCAUGAGCGGCGGCAGCAGCGGCGGCGGCAAGGUCUCAGCGGUGCCCGCGACCUCCGCGGCGUCCCCCUACCUGGUCUCCAGUGAGGCGCUGCGCAAAGCGCCGGACGAUGGGCCCAGCAGCCUGGGCCACCUGCUCCACAAGGUGUCCCACCUGAAACUCUCCACCUCGGGCCUCCGUAGCCUCUCGUCCGCCGCGAGGGAGCGGGCCGGCGCCAAGCUCACCGGCAGCUGCAGCGCUCCCAGCCUGGCCGCCGGCGCCCCGGACCGCACAUGUGCCCGCGCCCCGGCCCCAGGCAGUGCGCGGCCGGCCCCGAGAGAGAUGAGCGCCGCCAGGAAGGGCCGGCCCGGCGAGGAGCUGCUGCCCAGGCACCCCCGGGGCUGGCUGCACGCCAGCGACCAGGUCUUGGGGCCCGGAGUGACGUACGUCGUCAAGUACUUGGGGUGCAUUGAAGUUCUGCGCUCAAUGAGGUCUCUUGACUUCAGUACAAGAACACAAAUUACCAGGGAAGCCAUCAGCCGUGUUUGUGAAGCUGUUCCUGGUGCCAGAGGAGCCAUCAAGAAAAGGAAGCCUCCAAGCAAAAUGCUGUCCAGCAUCUUGGGAAAGAGCAACCUCCAGUUUGCAGGAAUGAGUAUCUCUCUCACCAUUUCCACCACCAGCCUGAAUCUGCGGACACCUGACUCCAAACAGAUCAUUGCAAACCAUCACAUGCAGUCCAUCUCCUUUGCCUCCGGAGGAGACCCGGACACAACAGACUAUGUUGCCUAUGUAGCUAAAGACCCUGUUAAUCGCAGAGCUUGUCACAUACUGGAAUGUUGUGGAGGGCUGGCCCAGGAUGUCAUCAGCUCCAUUGGACAAGCCUUCGAGCUUCGGUUUAAGCAAUAUUUACAGUGUCCUUCCAAGAUGCCUGCUCUUCAAGAUCGGAUGCAGAGUCUGGAUGAGCCAUGGACCAAAGAAGAGGGAGAUGAUUCUGACCAUCCAUACUACAAUAGCAUGCCAAACAAGGUGCCUCCUCCAGGGGGGUUUCAUGAUGCUCGACAGAAAGUUAGGCCCUAUGUUCCUGACACAGCCCAGUUUGCAGGAAAAGAGCAAACUUAUUACCAGGGAAGACACUUAGGAGACAAGUUUGGUGAAGACUGGCAACAACCAUCUGUUAGACAAGGGUCUUUGGACAUCUACAGCAUGCCAGAAAGAAAGUCACUUGAGGCCCCUCCAGGAGUAGCACCCACCUACGUCAAUACCCAGAACAUCCCACAGCAGGCUGGGCUGGCCCAGGCAGGAGCUGCACUGAACAUGGACACGGGAGCCGCCAGCAGCAGUGGAGAAAACAGCCCGCGGAAAGAUUUGUUUGACAUGAAGCCUUUUGAAGAUGCUCUCAAGAACCAGACCAUGGGACCCAUGUUAAGCAAGGCUGCCUCCGUAGAGUGCAUCAGCCCCAUCCCGCCCAGAGCCCCAGAUGCCAAGAUGGUGGAAGAACUAAAGGAAGAGCCAUGGUACCAAGGAGAGAUGAGCAGGAAGGAGGCGGAGGGGCUGCUCAAGAAGGAUGGGGACUUCCUGGUCAGAAGAAGUACCACAAACUCCGGUUCCUUCGUCCUCACGGGCAUGCACAACGGCCAGGCCAAGCACCUGCUGCUGGUGGAUCCUGAAGGCACGAUCCGCACCAAGGACAGGGUCUUUGACAGCAUCGGCCAUCUCAUCAACCACCACCUGGAGAACGGCAUACCCAUCGUCUCUGCCGGGAGUGACCUCUGCCUCCAGCAGCCAGUGGAAAGAAAGCACUGA